AUGCUGCAGCUGAGGUCCUCUUCCUCACAGUCAGACUCCUCCUCCUCCAUUGCAGACAACAACAAUGAGUCCCUUCACUCCAACACAAGCCAUCCUUCUUUCUCUCCUUCCUCUUCUUCCUCUUCUGCGGUCCAUAGUGUCUCCACUGCAUCUCUUCAACUCAACAACACUUCAACAACAGCAACCCUUGGAAACACUUUAGGAAUAGCAACAACACCAGCAACAACUACAACUACCACUACUGCUACUGCUGCUUCACCCACAACCGUCAUCAAUUCGUCUAUUACCUCCUCCCUUUCAUCUAAACCAUCCUCUCCUGCAAAGAAACCUCCACCCUUUCAGAAUCUUGGCCUUCAUUCAGGCGCUGCGUCAGGCAAUCUAGGCUUGGUCAAGUUUGCGCUUGACAACGGUCAGCCGAUUGACUCCGUGCUCAAUGGUGUCUACGCCAUUCAUGCUGCCUGCUGCAGCAACGCCAAUGUGGCGGUCGUGAUGUUUUUGAUUGAACGAGGGGCUGAUGUCAAUGCUAGGAGGCUCCCCCGGAAAUACAGUAACGAGAAGAGUGUUCAGACAGUUGGUACAACAGGAUCAACUCCUUUACAUUUUGCAGCCGCUAACGGAUGCCUUGCAAUCGUCGAUAUCCUGUUGAGGCAUGGAGCAAUCGUAGAUAUGACUGACAAGGUAGAUGAUGAAAAAAAAAAAAAAAAUUACACUCUGCAUUUGUUCAUUUUCUAA